CUAGGCCCCACCGGACGCAGGUUGCUGCCAGAGCCCUCGCCCCCCACCCGCUCCACACUCUCCCGCCUCGCUCCGGCUCCGGUUCGUGUGUGCUGGUGAGAUUGCAGACGAAGACGAGAGUGAAUGUGAAUGUGAAACGUGUCGCGCAUGCGCCGCGUCGUCUUCACCGUUAUUGUAUAGUACGCUAGAUCAACAUGUACAACCCUUAAGUGCGAAAUAAAUAAUCAAAAAAUGAAACGUGAAAUAAUGCAAAAUUAAAUAUAAAAUCAACCUACUCAAUACCAUAAGUUUGCUUAAUUAAUUUAACAAUAAAAUUGCACCGUAAUCGACCGAGUUUUGUGCUUAGUAACAAACAAAAUAGAAAUACAUAAUAAAUAUUGUUUCAAUCAAUAUGAGUGUUCCAAGCGCGCCCCGCCAGGGGGCAGCAGCUAGCAAAAAUCGAGAUCCAUGUCCAAAUAAAAAAUGCACACCGCGGCUCCAUUUGCUGGGAUAUGCCGCUAGCUGGGUCUGGCUAUUGUUACUGAUUAGUCUCAGCUUGGAACUGGGCUUCGUGCAUUGUUAUGAGAAAAUGUAUAGUCAGACUGAAAAACAGCGAUACGACGGCUGGUACAAUAACCUGGCCCAUCCAGAUUGGGGAUCCGUAGAUAGCCAUCUGGUUCGCAAGGCACCGCCCUCUUAUUCCGAUGGUGUCUAUGCCAUGGCAGGAGCCAACCGGCCCUCCACCCGCCGGCUCAGCCGAUUGUUUAUGCGCGGCCGGGAUGGUCUGGGAUCGAAAUACAAUAGAACAGCCUUACUAGCCUUCUUUGGACAGGUGGUGGCCAACGAGAUCGUGAUGGCUUCCGAGUCGGGCUGUCCGAUUGAGAUGCAUCGCAUUGAGAUCGAGAAGUGUGACGAGAUGUACGAUCGGGAAUGCCGGGGCGACAAGUACAUACCGUUUCAUAGGGCGGCUUACGACCGGAGCACCGGACAGAGCCCGAACGCGCCCAGAGAACAGAUAAAUCAAAUGACUGCUUGGAUUGAUGGCAGUUUCAUUUACAGCACCUCCGAGGCCUGGCUCAACGCCAUGCGCUCCUUCCACAACGGCACCCUGUUGACGCAAAAGGAUGGGAAGCUGCCGGUGCGCAACACCAUGCGGGUGCCGCUCUUUAACAAUCCUGUGCCAAAUGUGAUGAAGAUGCUCAGUCCGGAGAGACUCUUUCUGUUGGGAGAUCCUCGCACGAACCAGAAUCCUGCAGUGCUCUCCUUCGCCAUCUUAUUCCUGAGGUGGCACAACACUCUUGCCCAGCGCAUCAAGCGCCUGCAUCCCGAUUGGAGCGAUGAGGACAUCUAUCAACGGGCUCGCCACACAGUGAUUGCCAGUUUGCAGAAUGUGAUUGUCUACGAGUACCUGCCAGCCUUUCUUGGAUCAGCUUUGCCGCCCUACGACGGCUACAAGCAAGAUGUUCAUCCUGGGAUUGGUCACAUUUUUCAAGCGGCUGCCUUUCGUUUUGGUCACACAAUGAUCCCACCGGGAAUUUACAGACGUGAUGGACGGUGCAACUUCAAGGAAACGCCCAUGGGAUAUCCAGCUAUACGUCUGUGCUCCACUUGGUGGGACUCCAGCGGAUUCUUUACCGAUACCAGCGUGGAAGAGGUUCUCAUGGGUCUAGCUUCCCAGAUAUCCGAAAGGGAGGACCCCGUCCUAUGCUCCGAUGUGCGGGACAAGCUUUUUGGACCAAUGGAGUUUACGCGCCGAGACCUGGGAGCUCUCAAUAUCAUGCGUGGUCGCGAUAAUGGCUUGCCAGACUACAAUACAGCUAGAGAGUCCUACGGCCUGAAGAGGCACAAGACCUGGACGGACAUCAAUCCUCCGCUUUUUGAAACGCAGCCCGAACUCUUGGACAUGCUGAAGGAGGCUUACAAGAACAAGCUGGACGAUGUGGACGUCUAUGUGGGUGGCAUGCUGGAGUCCUACGGCCAACCCGGAGAGUUCUUUACGGCUGUGAUUAAGGAGCAGUUCCAGCGCCUCCGUGAUGCCGACCGCUUCUGGUUCGAGAAUGAACGGAACGGAAUUUUCACACCUGAGGAGAUUGCGGAGCUGCGUAAAAUCACACUGUGGGACAUUAUUGUGAACAGCACAGACGUGGCCGUCGAUGAGAUCCAAAAGGACGUAUUUAUGUGGCGCAAGGGGGAUCCCUGCCCGCAGCCCAUGCAGCUGAAUGCCACUGAGCUAGAGCCCUGCACUUACCUGGAGGGCUACGAUUACUUCUCUGGCUCUGAGCUAAUGUUCAUCUACGUGUGCGUUUUUCUGGGAUUUGUGCCCAUCUUGUGUGCUGGAGCUGGUUACUGCGUGGUCAAGCUUCAGAACAGCAAGCGUCGGCGUCUGAAGAUCCGGCAAGAGGCGCUGCGAGCUCCCCAGCACAAGGGCUCUGUGGACAAGAUGCUGGCGAGGGAGUGGCUGCAUGCCAAUCACAAGCGUUUGGUUACAGUCAAGUUCGGUCCCGAGGCAGCCAUCUAUACUGUGGAUAGGAAGGGCGAGAAGCUGCGAACCUUCAGCCUCCAGCACGUGGACGUGGUCAGCGUAGAGGAGUCCGCCACGAAUCACAUCAAGAAGAAGCCCUAUAUCCUGCUGCGAGUGCCCAGUGAUCAUGAUUUAGUGUUGGAGUUGGAGUCCUACGGAGCUCGUCGUAAGUUUGUGAAGAAGCUGGAAGAUUUCCUUUUGCUGCACAAAAAGGAGCUGACCGUGAUGGAGGUCAACAGGGACAUCAUGCUGGCCCGUGCCGAGACCCGCGAACGUCGCCAGAAGCGGUUGGAGUACUUCUUCCGCGAGGCCUACGCCCUGACCUUUGGCCUGCGGCCAGGGGAACGACGAAGGCGGUCGGAUGCCUCCAGCGACGGAGAGGUGAUGACCGUGAUGCGCACUAGUCUGUCCAAGGCGGAGUUUGCCGCUGCUCUGGGAAUGAAACCGAACGACAUGUUUGUCCGCAAAAUGUUCAACAUCGUGGACAAGGACCAAGACGGCCGAAUCAGUUUUCAAGAGUUUCUGGAGACUGUGGUGCUGUUCUCGCGCGGAAAGACGGACGACAAGCUGAGGAUUAUUUUCGACAUGUGCGACAACGAUCGCAAUGGAGUCAUCGACAAGGGCGAGCUGAGCGAGAUGAUGCGAUCCCUUGUGGAGAUCGCAAGGACAACGAGCCUGGGCGAUGACCAGGUCACCGAGCUGAUAGAUGGCAUGUUUCAGGACGUGGGCUUGGAGCACAAGAACCACCUAACCUAUCAGGACUUUAAGCUCAUGAUGAAGGAAUACAAGGGUGACUUUGUGGCCAUUGGACUGGAUUGCAAGGGCGCCAAACAGAACUUCUUGGACACCUCCACGAAUGUGGCACGUAUGACGUCCUUUAAUAUUGAACCGAUGCAGGACAAGCCGCGUCACUGGCUGCUGGGCAAGUGGGAUGCUUACAUCACGUUCCUCGAGGAGAACCGCCAGAACAUUUUCUAUCUUUUCCUCUUCUACGUGGUGACCAUUGUCCUGUUUGUGGAGCGAUUCAUUCACUAUUCCUUUAUGGCUGAACACACGGAUUUGAGGCACAUUAUGGGUGUAGGCAUUGCCAUCACCAGAGGAUCUGCCGCCUCGCUUUCGUUCUGCUACUCUCUGCUGCUUCUGACUAUGUCAAGGAACCUCAUCACCAAGCUGAAAGAGUUCCCCAUCCAGCAGUACAUUCCAUUGGAUUCGCAUAUCCAGUUCCACAAGAUUGCAGCCUGCACGGCGCUCUUCUUCUCCGUGCUGCACACCGUGGGUCACAUAGUCAACUUCUACCAUGUGUCUACCCAGUCGCAUGAGAAUCUGCGCUGCCUGACCCGGGAGGUGCACUUCGCCUCGGACUAUAAGCCAGACAUCACCUUCUGGCUCUUCCAGACAGUAACUGGCACAACAGGCGUCCUUCUCUUCAUCAUCAUGUGCAUCAUCUUUGUGUUUGCCCAUCCCACGAUACGAAAGAAGGCGUACAACUUCUUCUGGAAUAUGCACACGCUCUACAUCGGCCUUUACUUGCUAAGUCUGAUCCACGGGCUGGCCAGACUGACAGGUCCACCUCGCUUCUGGAUGUUCUUCCUGGGUCCGGGCAUUGUCUACACCCUGGACAAGAUCGUCUCCCUGCGCACCAAGUACAUGGCACUGGAUGUAAUUGAAACCGACCUUCUGCCCUCGGAUGUAAUCAAGAUCAAGUUUUAUCGGCCGCCCAACCUGAAGUACCUGUCUGGCCAGUGGGUGCGUCUGUCGUGCACAGCAUUCAGGCCGCAUGAGAUGCACAGUUUUACGCUGACCUCCGCCCCGCACGAGAACUUCCUCAGCUGCCACAUUAAGGCCCAGGGACCAUGGACUUGGAAGUUGCGAAACUACUUCGAUCCCUGCAACUACAAUCCAGAGGACCAGCCCAAGAUCCGCAUCGAAGGACCGUUCGGGGGCGGUAAUCAGGACUGGUACAAGUUCGAGGUGGCCGUCAUGGUGGGCGGUGGCAUCGGGGUGACCCCGUACGCGUCCAUUCUCAACGAUCUGGUCUUUGGAACCAGUACCAAUCGGUACUCGGGAGUUGCCUGUAAGAAGGUGUACUUCCUGUGGAUCUGUCCCUCGCACAAGCACUUUGAAUGGUUCAUCGAUGUGCUACGCGAUGUGGAGAAGAAGGAUGUAACCAAUGUGCUGGAAAUACACAUAUUCAUCACGCAGUUCUUCCACAAAUUUGAUCUGCGAACAACAAUGUUGUACAUCUGUGAAAACCACUUCCAGCGACUGUCAAAGACUUCCAUAUUUACGGGUCUUAAGGCAGUCAAUCACUUCGGGCGACCGGAUAUGUCCAGCUUCCUGAAGUUUGUUCAAAAGAAGCACUCUUAUGUAUCUAAAAUAGGAGUCUUCUCCUGCGGCCCACGACCGCUGACCAAGAGCGUGAUGUCUGCCUGUGAUGAAGUGAAUAAAACACGAAAAUUGCCUUAUUUCAUUCACCACUUUGAGAACUUUGGCUAAGUGUUCGCCAGCGAUUUGUACUUCAAUCCUGCCA